AUGUACGGACGGUAUCAGUUUAUCGAAAUCGACAAGCAAUCGCCGCGCGUCGCAGCUAUGAGCCGCGAUAGUACAUGUGCUGCCUCUGUUACGCGUUGUGAAAAACUGAACCAGUGAGUGGACCUGGAUCAUCUUCCUGGCCCUAGGUCCUGCUAUAAUUGGGGACCAGGCGGUGUCGCGCGCUGUCACCACACCCUCACACGUAUGAUGUAUAAAGCAGCGAUAUUCCUGACGAUAAUAGCUGCAUCCUCGGCCCAGUACCUGCCAAACGGCUGCCCCUCAAACUUCCACAUACAUCUCCUGCUGCCGCACGAGACAGACUGCUCUAGCUACUACCAGUGCAGCUAUGGAAUGCGAAUACAAAGGAGUUGUGCUUCCGGGACACAUUUCGAUCCAGCGUUACAGCGCUGCGACCUCCCAGAAAACGUGAAAUGCGGUAAACCGCCCGACCCGGGCGAGCCCGCAGCUGACCCUUCCCCCGAGCCGUCCGCCGAGCCCAGCGGCGCAGCGGUCAGCUUCCAAGCCGUCGCCGACACUCGCGCCUUCCGUCCCAACGGCUGCCCCGUCGACAUUCACACCUCGUACCUGCUGCCGCACGAGACCAACUGCGCGCUGUACUACCAGUGCGUGCACGGGAACAGAGUACAGAUGCCUUGUAGUCCCGGUACACUCUUUGAUUAUCCUUCGCAGGGGUGCGUGUUUCCAUUUAUGGCGAACUGUAACGCGCGACCAACGACGCCUUCGGCAUCUACAACUACUCAAUCAACAACCACAACUAGAACAACAACUACUCCUUCAACAACCACAACCAGAACAACCACCACGCCCUCUACAACAACGACAAGAACCACCACCACCCCUUCAACAACAACGACGAGGCCCACGACCCCGUCAACCAGUACGACAGUAGGGCAGUUCCUGCCUAAUGGUUGUCCGGCCGACUUCCACGUGCACCUCCUGCUGCCGCACGAGACCGACUGCGCGAAGUUUUAUCAGUGCGCGCACGGCGUCAGAGUAGAGAUGAACUGCGCGCCCGGUGUAUGGUUCGAUUUUAACCAUCAGGGAUGCGUGUUUCCAUUUAUGGCGGACUGUAACGCGCGACCGUCGACGCCUUCGGCAUCCACAACUGCUCCAUUAACAACUACAACUAGAACAACUACCCUAUCAACAACCACAACAAGAACAACAACCACCCCGUCAACAACAACGACGAGGCCCACAACCCCAUCAACCAGUACGACAGCAGGGCAGUUUCUGCCUAAUGGUUGUCCGGCCGACUUCCACGUGCAUCAUCUGCUGCCGCACGAGACCGACUGCGCCAAGUUUUAUCAGUGCGCGCACGGCGUCAGAGUAGAGAUGAACUGCGCGCCUGGCACAUGGUUCGAUUUCAACCUUCAGGUUUGCAGUUGGCCAUUUAUGGUUGACUGUGUACCUGGUUCAACUACAACUACAACCACGACAACAUCAACAACACCUCAACCAACAGCUCCCCCAUCUACAGAAAUAACUCACCCUCCUCCGACCACCCAGACAACGACAGAAGAGAUACAGAGUCCGGAGACCACAGCUGCAACAGAUGUUAAUACCACACCACCCAGCACUGCAGUUCCGUCAACCAGUGAAGCGUCAACUAGCGGGUCAACAGAUGAGUCCACUACGAGCUAUUCUACAACACGUGAACCUAGCACAACAGAAAAUCUCACUCCGGGGCCUCCGUCUACAACAGGGUAUUCUACAACUGGCUACCCCACAACAGGAUAUCCCACAACAGAAGAACCUAAAACGACAGAUUAUCCUACAACGGAAGACUCUAGCACAACAGAAGAACCUUCAACAGAGGCUCCUUCUACAACAGGUUAUCCUACGACUGGCUACCCCACAACAGGAUAUCCCACAACAGAAGAACCUAAAACGACGGCUUAUCCUACAACGGAAGAAUCUAGCACAACAGAAGAACCUUUAACAGAGGCUCCUUCUACAACAGGGUAUCCUACAACUGGCUACCCCACAACAGGAUAUCCCACAACAGAAGUACCUAAAACGACGGCUUAUCCUACAACGGAAGAAUCUAGCACAACAGAAGAAUCAUCAACAGAGGCUACUUCUACAACAGAGCAUCCUACAACAGGUUAUCCUACAACUGGCUACCCCACAACAGGAUAUCCCACAACAGAAGAACCUAAGACGACGGCUUAUCCUACAACGGAAGAAUCUAGCACAACAGAAGAACCAUCAACAGAGGCUACUUCUACAACAGAGCAUCCUACAACAGGUUAUCCUACAACUGGCUACCCUACAACAGGAUAUCCCACAACAGAAGAACCUAAAACGACGGCUUAUCCUGCAACUGAAGAAUCUAGCACAACAGAAGAACCAUCAACAGAGGCUCCUUCUACAACAGGGUAUCCUACGACUGGCUACCCUACAACAGGAUACCCCACAACAGGAUAUCCCACAACAGAAGAACCUAAAACGACGGCUUAUCCUACAACAGAAGAAUCUAGCACAACAGAAGAACCAUCAACAGAGGCUCCUUCUACAACAGAGCAACCUACAACAGGUUAUCCUACAACUGGCUACCCCACAACAGAAGAACCUAAAACGACAGAUUAUCCUAUAACGGAAGAAUCUAGCACAACAGAUGAACCUUUAACAGAGGCUCCUUCUACAACAGGGUAUCCUACGACUGGCUACCCUACAACAGGAUAUCCCACAACAGAAGAACCUAAAACGACGGCUUAUCCUACAACGGAAGAAUCUAGCACAACAGAAGAACCUUCAACAGAGGCUCCUUCUACAACAGGGUAUCCUACAACAGGCUACCCUACAACAGGAUACCCCACAACAGGAUAUUCCACAACAGAGGAACCUAAAACGACGGAUUAUCCUACAACGGAAGAAUCUAGCACAACAGAAGAACCUUUAACAGAGGCUCCUUCUACAACAGGGUAUCCUACAACAGGCUACCCCACAACAGGAUAUCCCACAACAGAAGAACCUAAAACGACAGAUUAUCCUACAACGGAAGAAUCUAGCACAACAGAAGAACCUUUAACAGAGGCUCCUUCUACAACAGGGUAUCCUACAACUGGCUACCCCACAACAGGAUAUCCCGCAACAGAAGAACCUAAGACGACGGCUUAUCCUACCACGGAAGAAUCUAGCACAACAGAAGAACCAUCAACAGAGGCUCCUUCUACAACAGAGCAACCUACAACAGGUUAUCCUACAACUGGCUACCCUACAACAGGAUUCCCCACAACAGGAUAUCCCAUAACAGAAGAACCUAAAACGACGGCUUAUCCUACAACGGAAGAAUCUAGCACAACAGAAGAACCUUUAACAGAGGCUCCUUCUACAACAGGGUAUCCUACAACUGGCUACCCCACAACAGAAGAACCUAAAACGACAGAUUAUCCUACAACGGAAGAAUCUAGCACAACAGAAGAACCUUUAACAGAGGCUCCUUCUACAACAGGGUAUCCUACAACUGGCUACCCUACAACAGGAUAUCCCACAACAGAAGAACCUAAAACGACGGCUUAUCCUACAACGGAAGAAUCCAGCACAACAGUAGAACCUUCAACAAAGGCUCCUUCUACAACAGGGUAUCCUACAACAGGUUAUCCUACUACAGGCUACCCUAUAACAGGAUACCCCACAACAGGAUAUUCCACAACAGAAGAACCUAAAACGACGGAUUAUCCUACAACGGAAGAAUCUAGCACAACAGUAGAACCUUCAACAAAGGCUCCUUCUACAACAGGGUAUCCUACAACAGGUUAUCCUACUACAGGCUACCCUAUAACAGGAUACCCCACAACAGGAUAUUCCACAACAGAAGAACCUAAAACGACGGAUUAUCCUACAACGGAAGAAUCUAGCACAACAGAAGAACCUUUAACAGAGGCUCCUUAUACAACAGGGUAUCCUACAACAGGCUACCCCACAACAGGAUAUCCCACAACAGGAUAUCCCACAACAGAAGAACCUAAAACGACAGAUUAUCCUACAACGGAAGAAUCUAGCACAACAGAAGAACCUUCAACAGAGGCUCCUUCUACAACAGCGUAUCCUACAACAGCUUAUCCUACCACUGGCUACCCUACAACAGGAUACCCCACAACAGGAUAUCCCACAACAGAAGAACCUAAAACGACGGCUUAUCCUACAACGGAAGAAUCUAGCACAACAGAAGAACCUUCAUCAGAGGCUCCUUCUACAACAGGGUAUCCUACAACAGAUUAUCCUACAACUGGCUAUCCUACAACAGGUUACCCCACAACAGAAUAUCCCACAACAGGAGAACCUAAAACGACGGCUUAUCCUACAACGGAAGAAUCUAGCACAACAGAAGAACCUUUAACAGAGGCUCCUUCUACAACAGGGUAUCCUACAACAGAUUAUCCUACGACUGGGUACCCUACAACACGGUACCCCACAACAGAAUAUCCCACAACAGAAGAACCUAAAACGACGGAUUAUCCUACAACGGAAGAAUCUAGCACAACAGAAGAACCUAAAACGACGGAUUAUCCUACAACGGAAGAAUCUAGCACAACAGAAGAACCUUUUACAGAGGCUCCUUCUACAACAGGGUAUCCUACAACUGGCUACCCCACAACAGAAGAACCUAAAACGACAGAUUAUCUUACAACGGAAGAAUCUAGCACAACAGAAGAACCUUUAACAGAGGCUCCUUCUACAACAGGGUAUCCUACGACUGGCUACCCUACAACAGGGUAUCCUACGACUGGCUACCCUACAACAGGAUAUCCCACAACAGAAGAACCUAAAACGACGGCUUAUCCUACAACGGAAGAAUCUAGCACAACAGAAGAACCUUCAACAGAGGCUCCUUCUACAACAGCGUAUCCUACAACAGCUUAUCCUACCACUGGCUACCCUACAACAGGAUACCCCACAACAGGAUAUCCCACAACAGAAGAACCUAAAACGACGGCUUAUCCUACAACGGAAGAAUCUAGCACAACAGAAGAACCUUCAUCAGAGGCUCCUUCUACAACAGGGUAUCCUACAACAGGGUAUCCUACAACAGGUUAUCCUACAACAGGCUACACUACAACAGGCUACCCCACAACAGGAUAUCCCACAACAGUAGAACCUAAAACGACAGAUUAUCCUACAACGGAAGAAUCUAGCACAACAGAAGAACCUUUAACAGAGGCUCCUUCUACAACAGGGUAUCCUACAACUGGCUACCCUACAACAGGAUAUCCCACAACAGGAUAUCCCACAACAGAAGAACCUAAAACGACAGAUUAUCCUACAACGGAAGAAUCUAGCACAACAGAAGAACCUUUAACAGAGGCUCCUUCUACAACAGGGUAUUCUACAACAGGUUAUCCCACGACAGGAUAUACUUCAACAGAAGGACCUAAAACGACGGCUUAUCCUACAACAGAAGAAUCUAGCACAACAGAAGAACCAUCAACAGAGGCUCCUUCUACAACAGAGCAACCUACAACAGGUUAUCCUACAACUGGCUACCCUACAACAGGAUUCCCCACAACAGGAUAUCCCAUAACAGAAGAACCUAAAACGACGGCUUAUCCUACAACGGAAGAAUCUAGCACAACAGAAGAACCUUCAACAGAGGCUCCUUCUACAACAGCGUAUCCUACAACAGCUUAUCCUACCACUGGCUACCCUACAACGGGAUACCCCACAACAGGAUAUCCCACAACAGAAGAACCUAAAACGACGGCUUAUCCUACAACGGAAGAAUCUAGCACAACAGAAGAACCUUCAUCAGAGGCUCCUUCUACAACAGGGUAUCCUACAACAGGGUAUCCUACAACAGGUUAUCCUACAACUGGCUAUCCUACAACAGGUUACCCCACAACAGAAUAUCCCACAACAGGAUAUCCCACAACAGAAGAACCUAAAACGACGGCUUAUCCUACAACGGAAGAAUCUAGCACAACAGAAGAACCUUUAACAGAGGCUCCUUCUACAACAGGGUAUCCUACAACAGAUUAUCCUACGACUGGGUACCCUACAACACGGUACCCCACAACAGAAUAUCCCACAACAGAAGAACCUAAAACGACGGCUUAUCCUACAACGGAAGAAUCUAGCACAACAGAAGAACCUUCAACAAAGGCUCCUUCUACAACAGGGUAUCCUACAACAGGUUAUCCUACAACAGGCUACCCUACAACAGGAUACCCCACAACAGGAUAUUCCACAACAGAAGAACCUAAAACGACGGAUUAUUCUACAACGGAAGAAUCUAGCACAACAGAAGAACCUUUUACAGAGGCUCCUUCUACAACAGGGUAUCCUACAACUGGCUACCCCACAACAGAAGAACCUAAAACGACAGAUUAUCCUACAACGGAAGAAUCUAGCACAACAGAAGAACCUUUAACAGAGGCUCCUUCUACAACAGGGUAUCCUACGACUGGCUACCCUACAACAGGAUAUCCCACAAUAGAAGAACCUAAAACGACGGCUUAUCCUACAACGGAAGAAUCUAGCACAACAGAAGAACCUUCAACAGAGGCUCCUUCUACAACAGCGUAUCCUACAACAGCUUAUCCUACCACUGGCUACCCUACAACAGGAUACCCUACAACAGGAUAUCCCACAGCAGAAGAACCUAAAACGACGGCUUAUCCUACAACGGAAGAAUCUAGCACAACAGAAGAACCUUCAUCAGAGGCUCCUUCUACAACAGGGUAUCCUACAACAGGGUAUCCUACAACAGGUUAUCCUACAACAGGCUACCCUACAACAGGCUACCCCACAACAGGAUAUCCCACAACAGAAGAACCUAAAACGACAGAUUAUCCUACAACGGAAGAAUCUAGCACAACAGAAGAACCUUUAACAGAGGCUCCUUCUACAACAGGGUAUCUUACAACUGGCUACCCUACAACAGGAUAUCCCACAACAGGAUAUCCUUCAACAGAAGGACCUAAAACGACGGCUUAUCCUACAACAGAAGAAUCUAGCACAACAGAAGAACCAUCAACAGAGGCUCCUUCUACAACAGAGCAACCUACAACAGGUUAUCCUACAACUGGCUACCCUACAACAGGAUUCCCCACAACAGGAUAUCCCAUAACAGAAGAACCUAAAACGACGGCUUAUCCUACAACGGAAGAAUCUAGCACAACAGAAGAACCUUUAACAGAGGCUCCUACAACAGGGUAUCCUACAACUGGCUACCCCACAACAGAAGAACCUAAAACGACAGAUUAUCCUACAACGGAAGAAUCUAGCACAACAGAAGAACCUUCAUCAGAGGCUCCUUCUACAACAGGGUAUCCUACAACAGGGUAUCCUACAACAGGCUACCCUACAACAGGCUACCCCACAACAGGAUAUCCCACAACAGAAGAACCUAAAACGACAGAUUAUCCUACAACGGAAGAAUCUAGCACAACAGAAGAACCUUUAACAAAGGCUCCUUCUACAACAGGGUAUCCUACAACUGGCUACCCUACAACUGGCUACCCCACAACAGGAUAUCCAACAACAGAAGAACCUAAAACGACACAUUAUCCUACAACGAAAGAAUCUAGCACAACAGAAGAGCCUUUAACAGAGGUUCCAUCUACAACACGUUAUCCUACAACGGAAGAAUCUAGCACAACAGAAGAACCUUUAACAGAGGCUCCUUCCACAUCAGAGUAUCCAACGACUGGCUACCCUACAACAGGAUACCCCACAACAGGAUAUCCCACAACAGAAGAACCUAAAGCGACAGAUUAUCCUACAACGGAAGAAUCUAGCACAACAGAAGAACCUUUAACAGAGGCUCCUUCUACAACAGGGUAUCCUACAACAGGUUAUCCUACAACAGAUUGUCCUACGACUGGGUACCCUACAACACGGUUCCCCACAACAGGAUAUCCCACAACGGAAGAACCUAAAACAACAGAUUAUCCUACAACGGAAGAACCUAGCACAACAGAAAAACCUUUACCAGAGACGCCUUCUACAACAGGGUAUCCUACAACAGGUUAUCCCACGACAGGCGAUUCCACAACUGAAAUAUUUACGACGGAUGCAACAGUCGAUUCUACAACACAUUCUGCUAGCACAACGGACCAAAGCACGGAAAUAAUUACUACUGAGUCUGGAACUUCAACUACAACCGGAAGCUCAGUAACAACGGAAGUGUUCGAGACCACGUCCACGGCGCCGCUGACAACCCUCGCGUCCAUUUGCCCACCCGGCUUCUUUGGGAACUUGCCGCAUCCCGACCGCUGUGACGCUUACUUCAUGUGCAUGCCGGGAGGCAACGCACUGCAGCUGUUCUGUAUUGAAGGAUUCGAAUUCGAUCCUGAGGCUGACAGAUGUGUGGUAAUAGCCGAAGGCGGGUGCACCCUAGGAGGGACCAGACCACCAGCCGUGUCCAGUACCCCUGCCAGCACGACAGAUGCAGCUGCAACCACAGAGGAACCAGCCACAACACCCACCCAGGGCGCAGACACUACUACUAACGCCAACCCAAUGACAACUGAAGUCGCUACUUCUGGUAUUUCUACCGAAGGCACAACACCAGCCGCUUCCACUGUAGACCAGGAGACUAAUACACCAGAAGCCCUUUCUACAACGGAAGCCGCUACUACUGGAAUCCCUACCGAAGGCACAAUUCCAACAGCUUCUACUAUAGACCAAGAGACUACUCCAACAGAAGUCCUCUCUACAACUGAAGCCGCUACUUCUGGCAUUCCUACCGAAGGCACAACACCAGCCGCUUCUACUGUAGACCAGGAGACCACUACACCAGAAGUCCUUUCCACAACGGAAGCCGCUACUUCUGGAAUUCCUACCGAAAGCACAACACCAGCCGCUUCUACUAUAGACCAGGAGACUACUACACCAGAAGUCCUCUCUACAACUGAAGCCGCUACUUCUGGCAUUCCUACCGAAGGCACAACACCAGCAGCUUCUACUAAAGACCAAGAGACUACUCCACCAGAAGUCCUCUCUACAACUGAAGCCGCUACAACUGGAAUCCCUACCGAAGGCACAACACCAGCAGCUUCUACUAUAGACCAAGAGACUACUCCAACAGAAGGCCUCUCUACCACUGAAGCCGCUACUUCUGGCAUUCCUACCGAAGGCACAACACCAGCCACUUCUACUGUAGACCAGGAGACCACUACACAAGAAGUCCUCUCUACAACUGAAGCCGCUACUUCGGGCAUUCCUACCGAAGGUACGACACCAGCUGCUUCUACUAUAGACCAGGAGACUACUACACCAGAAGUCCUUUUUACAACUGAAGCCGCUACUUCUGGCAUUCCUACCGAAGGCACAACACUAGCCGCUUCCACUAUAGACCAGGAGACUACUACACCAGAAGCCCUUUCUACAACUGAAGCCGCUACUACUGGAAUCCCCACCGAAGGCACAACACCAGCAGCUUCUACUAUAGACCAGGAGACUACUCCAACAGAAGUCCUCUCUACAACUGAAGCCGCUACUUCCGGCAUUCCUACCGAAGGCACAACAUCAGCCGCUUCCACUAUAGACCAGGAGACUACUACACCAGAAGCCCUUUCUACAACUGAAGCCGCUACUACUGGAAUCCCCACCGAAGGCACAACACCAGCAGCUUCUACUAUAGACCAGGAGACUACUCCAACAGAAGUCCUCUCUACAACUGAAGCCGCUACUUCUGGCAUUCCUACCGAAGGCACAACAUCAGCCACUUCUACUGUAGACCAGGAGGCCAGUACACCAGAAGUCCUUUCCACAACGGAAGCCGCUACUUCUGGAAUUCCUACCGAAGGUACAACACCAGCCGCUUCCACUAUAGACCAGGAGACUACUACACCAGAAGUCCUUUCUACAACUGAAGCCGCUACUUCUGGAAUUCCUACCGAAGGUACAACACCAGCCGCUUCUACUGUAGACCAGGAGACCACUACACAAGAAGUCUUCUUUACAACUGAAGCCGCUACUUCUGGUAUUACUACCGUAGGUACGACGCCGGCCGCUUCUACUUUAGAUCAAGAGACAACUACACCAGAAGUCUUCUCUACAACUGAAGCCGCUAUUUCUGGCAUUCCUACCGAAGGCACAACACCAGCCGCUUCUACUGUAGACCAGGAGACCACUACAAUAGAAGUCCUCUCUACAACUGAAGCCGCUACUACAAUGCCCGCGUCCAUUUGCCCUCCCGGCUUCUUUGGGAACUUACCGCAUCCCGACCGCUGCGACGCCUACUUCAUGUGCAUGCCGGGAGGCAACGCAUUGAAGCUGUUCUGUAUUGAAGGAUUCGAAUUCGAUCCUGAGGCUGACAGAUGUGUGGUGAUAGCCGAAGGCGGGUGCACUCUCGGAGGGACCAGACCACCAGCCGUGACCAGUACCCCCGCCAGCACGACAGAUGUAGCUGCAACCACAGAGGAACCAGCCACAACACCCACCCAGGGCGCGGAAACUACUACUACCGCCGACCCAAUGACAACUGAAGCCGCUACUUCUGGCAUUUCUACCGAAGGCUCGACACCGGCUGCUUCCACUGUAGACCAGGAGACCACUACACAAGAAGUCCUCUCUACAACGGAAGCCGCUACUUCUGGCAUUCCUACCGAAGGCACAACACCAACCGCUUCUACUGUAGACCAGGAGACCACUACACCAGAAGUCCUCUCUACAACUGAAGCCGCGACUUCUGGCAUUCCUACCGAAGGCACAACACCAGCCGCUUCUACUGUAGACCAGGAGACCACUACACCUGAAGUCCUCUCUACAACUGAAGCCGCUACUUCUGGCAUUCCUACCGAAGGCACAACACCAGCCGCUUCUACUAUAGACCAGGAGACUACUACACCAGAAGUCCUUUCUACAAGUGAAGCCGCUACUUCUGGAAUUCCUACCGAAGGCACAACACCAGCCGCUUCUACUGUAGACCAGGAGACCACUACACCAGAAGUCCUUUCCACAACUGAAGCCGCUACUUCUGGCAUUCCUACCGAAGGCACAACACCAGCCGCUUCUACUGUAGACCAGGAGACCACUACACCAGAAGACCUUUCUACAACUGAAGCUGCUACUAAUGGCAUUCCUACCGAAGGCACAACAUCAGCCGCUUCUACUGUAGACCAGGAGACUACUUCACCAGAAGUCCUACCUACAACUGAAGCCGCUACUUCUGGCAUUCCUACCGAAGGCACAACACCAGCCGCAUCUACUGUAGACCAGGAGACCACUACACCAGAAGUCCUCUCUACAACUGAAGCCGCUACUUCUGGCAUUCCUACCGAAGGCACAACACCAGCCGCUUCUACUGUAGACCAGGAGACCACUACACCAGAAGUCCUCUCUACAACUGAAGCCGCUACUUCUGGCAUUCCUACCGAAGGCACAACACCAGCCGCUUCUACUGUAGUACAGGAGACCACUACACCAGAAGUCCUCUCUACAACUGAAGCCGCUACUUCUGGAAUUCCUACCGAAGGCACAACACCAGCCGCUUCUACUGUAGACCAGGAGACCACUACACCAGAAGUCCUUUCCACAACUGAAGCCGCUACUUCUGGCAUUCCUACCGAAGGCACAACACCAGCCGCUUCUACUGUAGACCAGGAGACCAUUACACCAGAAGUCCUUUCCACAACUGAAGCCGCUACUUCUGGCAUUCCUACCGAAGGCACAACACCAGCCGCUUCUACUGUAGACCAGGAGACCACUACACCAGAAGUCCUCUCUACAACUGAAGCCGCUACUUCUGGCAUUCCUACCGAAGGCACAACAGCAGCCGCUUCUACUGUAGAUCAGGAGACCACUACACCAGAAGUCCAUUCCACAACUGAAGCCGCUACUUCUGGAAUUCCUACCGAAGGCACAACAUCAGCUGCUUCCACUGCAGACCAGGAGGCAACUACACAAGAAGUCCUUUCUACAACUGAAGCCACCACCACAAUACCCGCUUCCAUUUGCCCACCCGGCUUCUUUGGGAACUUGCCGCAUCCCGACCGCUGCGACGCCUACUUCAUGUGCAUGCCGGGAGGCAACGCAUUGCAGCUGUUCUGUAUUGAAGGAUUCGAAUUCGAUCCUGAGGCUGACAGAUGUGUGGUGAUAGCCGAAGGCGGGUGCACUCUCGGAGGGACCAGACCACCAGCCGUGCCCAGUACCCCUGCUAUCACGACAGAUGCAGCUGCAACCACAGAGGAACCAGCCACAACACCCACCCAGGGCGCGGACACUACUACUAACGCCGACCCAAUGACUAUUGAAGCCGCUACUACUGGAGUUCCUACUGAAGGCACAACACCGGCAGCUUCUACUAUAGACCAGGAGACUACUCCAACAGAAGUCCUCUCUACAACUGAAGUCGCUACUUCUGGCAUUCCUACAGAUGGCACAACACCCGCUGUUUCUACAGUAGACCAGGAGACCACUACACCGGACUUCCUCUCUACAACUGAAGCCGCUACUUCUGGCAUUCCUACUGAACGCACAACACCAGGCGCUUCUACUGUAGACCAGGAGGCAACUACACAAGAAGUCCUCUCUACAACUGAAGCCGCUACUUCUGGCAUUCCUACUGAAGGUACAACACCAGCCGCAUCUACUGUAGACCAGGAGGCAACUACACAAGAAGUCCUCUCUACAACUGAAGCCGCAACUACGACCCCCGCGCCCAUCUGCCCACCCGGCUUCUUUGGGCAGGUGCCGCACCCUGACCGCUGCGACGCCUACUUCAUGUGCAUCUCUGGGACUGCGCUCGAACUUUUCUGUGUCGAAGGGUUUGAGUUCGACCCGAUGGUUGACAAAUGUGUGUUGAUCUCUGAAGGAGGGUGUACACUAGGUGGCAACAGACCUGCGGGUAGUACUACUGAAAGUUCCUAUGAAACGACAAGGAUUCCUACCGAAGGCACAACACCAGCCGCUUCUACUGUAGACCAGAAAGCAACUACACAAGAAGUCCUCUCUACAACUGAAGCCGCUACUUCUGGCAUUCCUACCGAAGGCACAACACCAGCCGCUUCUACUAUAGACCAGGACACCACUACACCAGAAGUCCUCUCGACAACUGAAGCCGCUACUUCUGGCAUUCCUACCGAAGGCACAACACCAGCCGCUUCUACUGUAGACCAGGAGACCACUACACCAGAAGUCCUCUCUACAACUGAAGCCGCUACUUCUGGCAUUCCUACCGAAGGCACAAAACCAGCCGCUUCUACUGUAGACCAGGAGACCACUACACCAGAAGUCCUUUCUACAACUGAAGCCGUUACUUCUGGCAUUCCUACCGAAGGCACAACACCAGCCGCUUCUACUGUAGACCAGGAGACCAUUACACCAGAAGUCCUCUCUACAACUGAAGCCGCUACUUCUGGCAUUCCUACCGAAGGCACAACACCAGCCGCUUCUACUGUAGACCAGGAGACCACUACACCAGAAGUCCUCUCUACAACUGAAGCCGCUACUUCUGGCAUUCCUACCGAAGGCACAACACGAGCCGCUUCUACUGUAGACCAGGAGACCACUACACCAGAAGUCCUCUCUACAACUGAAGCCGCUACUUCUGGCAUUCCUACCGAAGGCACAAAACCAGCCGCUUCUACUGUAGACCAGGAGACCACUACACUAGAAGUCCUUUCUACAACUGAAGCCGUUACUUCUGGCAUUCCUACCGAAGGCACAACACCAGCCGCUUCUACUGUAGACCAGGAGACCACUACACCAGAAGUCCUCUCUACAACUGAAGCCGCUACUUCUGGCAUUCCUACCGAAGGCACAACACCAGCCGCUUCUACUGUAGACCAGGAGACCACUACACCAGAAGUCCUCUCUACAACUGAAGCCGCUACUUCUGGCAUUCCUACCGAAGGCACAACACCAGCCGCUUCUACUAAAGACCAGAAAACCACUACACCAGAAGUCCUCUCUACAACUGAAGCCGCUACUUCUGGCAUUCCUACCGAAGGCACAACACCAGCCGCUUCUACUAUAGACCAGGAAACCACUACACCAGAAGUCCUCUCUACAACUGAAGCCGCUACUUCUGGCAUUCCUACCGAAGGCACAACACCAGCCGCUUCUACUGUAGACCAGGACACCACUACACAAGAAGUUUUCUCUACAACUGAAGCCGCUACUUCUGGAAUUCCUACCGAAGGCACAACACCAGCCGCUUCUACAGUAGACCAGGAGGCAACUACACAAGAAGUCCUCUCUACAACUGAAGCCGCUACUUCUGGCAUUCCUACCGAAGGCACAACACCAGCCGCUUCUACUGUAGACCAGGACACCACUACACAAGAAGGCCUCUCUACAACUGAAGCCGCUACUUCUGGCAUUCCUACCGAAGGCACAACACCAGCUGCUUCUACAGUAGACCAGGAGGCAACUACAAAAGAAGUCCUCUCUACAACUGAAGCCGCAACUACGACCCCCGCGCCCAUCUGCCCACCCGGCUUCUUUGGACAGGUGCCGCACCCUGACCGCUGCGACGCCUACUUUAUGUGCAUCCCUGGGACUGCGCUCGAACUUUUCUGUGUGGAAGGAUUUGAGUUCGACCCGAUGGUUGACAAAUGCGUGUUAAUCUCUGAAGGAGGAUGUACACUAGGUGGCAAUAGACCUCCUGCGGGUACUACCACUGAAAGUUCCUAUGAAACGACAAGCAUUCCUACCGAAGGCACAACACCAGACGCUUCUACUAUAGACCAGGAGGCAACUACACAAGAAGUACUUUCUACAACUAAAGCCGCUACUUCUGGCAUUCCUACCGAAGGCACAACACCAGCCACUUUUACUGUAGACCAGGAGGCAACUACACAAGAAGUCCUCUUUACAACUGAAGCCGCUACUUCUGGCAUUCCUACUCAAGGUACAAUACCAGCCGCUUCUACUGUAGACCAAGAGGCAACUACUCAAGAAGUACUUUCUACAACUGAAGCCGCUACUUCUGGAAUUCCUACUGAAGGUACAACACCAGCCGCUUCUACUGUAGACCAGGAGGCAACUACACCAGAAGUACUUUCUACAACUGAAGCCGCUACUUCUGGCAUUCCUACUGAAAGUACAACACCAGCCGCUUCUACUGUAGACCAGGAGGCAACUACACCAGAAGUACUUUCUACAAUUGAAGGCGCUAGUUCUGGCAUUCCUACCGAAGGCACUACACCAGCCGCUUCUACUGUAGACCAGGAGACUACUCCAACAGAAGUCCUUUCUACAACUGAAGCCGCUACUUCUGGCAUUCCUACCGAAGGCACAACACCAACUGCUUCUACAGUAGACCAGGAGGCAACUACACAAGAAGUCCUCUCUACAACUGAAGCCGCAACUACGACCCCCGCGCCCAUCUGCCCACCCGGCUUCUUUGGACAGGUGCCGCACCCUGACCGCUGCGACGCCUACUUCAUGUGCAUCCCUGGGACUGCGCUCGAACUUUUCUGUGUGGAAGGAUUUGAGUUCGACCCAAUCGUUGACAAAUGUGUGUUGAUAUCUGAAGGAGGAUGUACACUAGGUGGCAACAGACCUGCGGGUAGUACCACUGAAAAUUCUGACGAAACGACAAGCAUUCCUACCAAAGGUACAACACCAGCCACUUCUACUGUAGACCAGGAGACCACUACACCAGAAGUCCUCUCUACAACUGAAGCCGCUACUUCUGGCAUUCCUACCGAAGGCACAACACCAGCCGCUUCUACUGUAGACCAGGAGACCACUACACCAGAAGUUCUCUCUACAACUGAAGUCGCUACUUCUGGCAUUCCUACCGAAGGCACAACACCAACCGCUUCUACUGUAGACCAGGAGACCACUACACCAGAAGUCCUCUCUACAACUGAAACCGCUACUUCUGGCAUUCCUACCGAAGGCACAACAGCAGCCGCUUCUAGUGUAGACCAGGGGACCACUACACCAGAAGUUCUCUCUACAACUGAAGUCGCUACUUCUGGCAUUCCUACCGAAGGCACAACACCAACCGCUUCUAUUGUAGACCAGGAGACCACUACACAAGAAGUCCUCUCUACAACUGAAGCUGCUACAAUCCCCGCGUCCAUCUGCCCACCCGGCUUCUUCGGGAACGUACCGCACCCCGAGAACUGUAACGCUUACUUCAUGUGCAUGCCGGGCGGCAAUGUUCUCCCGCUAUUCUGUGGCACUGGAUACGAAUUCGACGUAAUUGUUGACGGAUGCGUGCCGAUUGCGGAAGGUGGCUGUACCCUCGGAGGAACUAGACCUGCCAGCACGACGGAACCCGCUUCAACAAUGGAGACAACUAAUGGCGUGGACCUGACUACGGCACCUCCGACUGCAGUCACCACAGAAUCCUAUGUAUCAACAACAGAAAGUUCCACGACUGUGCCACCAGUUUGUCCCCCAGGAUUCAUCGGUGCCAUACCACAUCCAGAGCAGUGCGACGCUUUCUACAUGUGUACAGCAGGAGUGACGUUACCAUUGUUAUGUGUGGAAGGAUCUGAGUUCGACCCAGCGUCAGGAACUUGUGUACUAAUAGCUGAAGGAGGAUGUACUCUGGGCAAGAGAACAACGCCUGCCUCGGACGGCUCAGAAGCCACUGAACAUGUCUCAACAGCAGAGCCGACAACCGCAGCGAGUAUGACAACAUCUGACAACAUAGAUUUUACCUCAGCGCCUCUCGGAGAUAACACUGAUGCGGACAGCGUGCAGACGACUGCGGCAGCCCCAGAGGCGAGCACCCAGGCUCCGGAGACCAUCAUCUGCGCGCCGGGCGUGUUCGGCAACGUCCCCCACCCCUACAAGUGCGACAGAUACUUCCACUGCACGCCGGGACAUAUGCUCGAGCUCUUCUGCCCAACUGGAUACGAGUUUGAUCCUCACUUACAGACUUGCGCGCCGAUCUCGGUCCACGGUUGCACCGCGAACAAAAUUAACGGACAGGCAUAAACAACGGACACUCGACGAAUAUCUGUGGCAAAUAGCAUAAUUAUCGCCCUGAAAUCAGAAUAAUUGACGCAGACUUACUGUAUAGAAAUCAGAUCGCGCACAAAAAAUGAACUUUAUAUUAGUGGCGUAAAGUACAUUUUAAAUAGUGCAUAGUUAUAAAUGAGCAUUGGAAGUUAAUAGUAAAUUAAUGUGAAUAAAAAAGUAUGGUCACAUAAUAAAUAUGUCAAUGCUUUAAUUUUUUUCGCGGCGAUAGUUUCGCGUCGACAAUAAAGCCGCAUGGUAAAGCGCACAAUAUUUAUCGAUGUAAUACUUACGGAAUAUAAUGAUAGGUAAUAAUUAAUAUUAUAAAUGAUUUACGUAUUUGGAUGUCGAGAUAAUUUAUGAAACGACUGAAGUAAUUAUGAUAAUGCUUUCACUACUAGGAAGGUACAGUAUCCAUGAGAGCUAUGGAAUUAUAUCCCCGAAACGAACUUAAACGUAGACGGGGCCGCGGGCAAAACUAGUUGUUUACAUUGAACAUUCUACAUAAAUAUAUAGAAAAGACUAAACCAAAGCUUAACAAUAAAUUAAUUACAUCGAUAAAAAUUAAUGUGUUAAUUGUAAACAUACUGUUUACAAAGACAUAUACUUGUUUUGUAAUAUAUUGUAAUAUAUUUUGUACUUAUUAUAUGAAAUGUUGAAAU